CUCCAGAGCUGGGCUGAGCACUCUCUCACUGCUGGCUGCCGGGCCAGGAUAGGAGCAUGAAAGGUGGCCGCUGGCGCUACUCUCGGCUGCCCAGCAGUGUGGAAGAUGCCCUGUCUGCAGAGGAGGAUGCUGAGGAAGAGGAAGAGGAGGAGGCGGUGGCAGCCCCAGCCCCAGCCCCAGCCACUGAGGAGCCCCAGGAGCCCCAGCUGACAGAGGCCAGCCAGGUGCUGGGGGCCUCAGAGAUCAGGCAGCUCAGCCUCCACCUGCCCCCACGGGUCAGGGGAUGCCCCUGGAGCCUAGUUUUCUGUACCGCACGGGAUGGCUUCAGCCUGCGGAGGCUGUACCGGCAGAUGGAGGGCCAUGGCGGGCCGGCGCUGCUGGUGCUGCGCGACCAGGAUGGGCAGAUGUUUGGCGCCUUCUCCUCCUCGGCCAUCCGGCUCAGCAAGGGCUUCUAUGGGACGGGCGAGACCUUCCUCUUCUCCUUCUGCCCCCAGCUGAAGGUCUUCAACUGGACAGGACGCAACUCUUUCUUCGUGAAGGGAGACUUGGACUCGUUGAUGGUGGGCAGCGGCAGUGGCCAGUUUGGGCUGUGGCUGGAUGGAGAUUUGUACCGUGGUGGGAGUCAGCCCUGCGCAACCUUCAACAACGAGGUGCUGGCCCGGCACGAGCAGUUCUGCAUCAUGGAGCUGGAGGCCUGGGUGCCAAGCUGA